AGCGAUCUCUCAGCAGUGCCGCUCGGCAUCUACGCUUUCCCUUCUUGCUGUUUUUAAUAAACAAACGGCUUCACUCGGCCCGGUCAGUUAGCGCGGCUCGAGACUGGUGGUCCGCGUCGCUCGUUUCGGCAGCUCACAGGCUAAGGGCACAGGUGCACUUGAAUCGGAAGAGGUCCCGCUGUCGUUGCACUUAUAUACUGUAUUUUUUUGUUAUUUUUCUCGUUGAUUAUUCGGAACUAUUUUUAUAUAACUACAUUUAGCUAGGUAGCUAACACACACAGUUAACUAGAUGGUAUUUUUUUCGUAGCUGGAGGGCUAUUUAGAGUGCUAAUGUUUUUAAGCCAGCUCAGAGCUAGUCACCUGUAUGUCAGUUAAGCUGUCGUUUCUCUGGUGAACUUAAAAACAUUUUUAUUCAUAAUUUCAGACUGAAACAUUCUCAUUCUCUGGUCCUUUCGUCGCUGGCUAACUUACUAUCGGCCAGACUUAAACGCGAGCAGCCGAGGAGUUAGCCGAGCAGCUAGCAGACGUUGUGUCAGUGGCAGCAACCGUUACUGUUUAUUUUAUUAUUAAUGUGACGGGACAGGCGUCGACAUCACCGAUUUUACACUCAAAUAACACCCGUAGCUGGGUAGAGCUUACCAAGCAUCGGUGCUCGUCAACUUAGCUAAAAACAAUCACAUAUAAAUAUAUCAGUUAGUGUUAUUCGGAGGAUUUUCCAUACUCUACAGGUAUAUGGAAUAAGCGGCUCGCGUUAACAGACCAACAGCGUUUGGGUGUAAACUGAGCUGGGGGCUGAAACAGCGCUGAAAGCCAGCCGUCCAUCGGCGUCAUUGUGGAAAAUGGCGGCGGUGGGGAUGGUGCAGAUGCUGAUCGAGGCUGCGGAGUACCUUGAGCGCAGGGAGAGAGAGGCUGAACACGGCUAUGCCUCCAUGCUGCCCUAUAGCACCAGCAAAGAGAGAGACAGCUUGAAGCGAAAGAGUAAAAACAAGAAGAAUUCCAGCACCAGGUCCACACACAAUGAAAUGGAGAAGAACAGACGGGCACACUUGCGGCUGUGUCUGGAGCGCUUGAAGUCACUGGUACCCCUGGGACCUGACUCCAACCGUCACACCACCCUCAGCCUACUGAUGAAAGCCAAGGAACACAUCAAGCGCCUGGAGGAGAGCGAGCGCCGGGCCCAGCACACCAUCGACCAGCUGCAGCGGGAGCAAAGGCACCUGCGACGUCGCCUGGAGCAGCUGGGCGUGGAACGAACACGCAUGGAUAGUGUGGGGUCUACGGUCUCCUCAGAGAAGUCUGACUCGGACCAGGAGGAGCUCGAUGUGGACGUGGAGGGCACGGACUACUUGCUGGGAGACUUGGAGUGGAGCACCAGCAGUGUGAGCGACUCGGACGAGCGGGCCAGCAUGCGCAGCAGCUGCAGCGACGAAGGCUAUUCCAGCGCCAGCCUGCGCCGUCUCACCAAUCUUCAGGACAAGGCCACUGUGCUGGGAUGCAGCCUCUAAGGGGAGCCUCCUGCCCCUACUCAGCCAGUCCCCACCAGUCAGACCUGAUACCGAGCACAACUGGUCAGACCAAACCUAAGAUCCCCACCCCCCCUGCCCUCUCCCACUUCCUGGCACCAGGCCUUCACACGUUCGAGACACAGCCAGGAACUUGUCUGGCUUCUAGAUCCCCACGGACUUCUGUGUGUCCAGUCAUUUGAGUGAAUUUUUCAUGGGCGUGGCCCAGUUAGAUGGCUGGAUCCAUGAGGACCGCUUGCCCCAUUACUGCCCCUACCCAUUCCAGCUGUGGGGGCCAGUAAAUGGCCGCUGUACCUUUGCACUAUAAAGCGGGGCCCUGUUUCCAUUGCCAAGAACCAGGGCGGUGUCAGCCAACUCCCGCUGAUUGUCUGACCAUGAUAUUUUGCACUUGAUCAGUGGUAGACGUGUUCCGAAGACCUGCAUCUACUCAGAAUGUAUCAGUAAAGGUGUGGUUUUGAGCCACUUUAAGCCCGACGGCCAGCCACCGCCUCCCUUUCGGGGGCUGGGUCCCGCCCUGAGGGCCUGCCGAGCAAUACCUCCAUCAGCCACGUUGGCACCACGGCGGGUCCCCACGUCUCCCUCAUCCUUCCUUACAGGGCUCAUUUAUGUCCCUAAGCUGAGUCGGUCGCGUCCACGACCAGAGACAGAAAAGCGCUGUGAAGAGCCACGUACAGCAUGAGUCUGGGGCCUGGGGGGAGAGGCCUCUUUCUGAAGACAGCGGCUUUUGCCUGUUUUUAUUCCAUCUCGUGGUCAGAUAGCCUGUUAAACGUGUGGCAGAGCAAAGUGUGAAGCACAUUCCAUGUCAAGUUGAUGCAGCCUGAUGGAGGAGCGGGAGAGUCUAGGGGGUGACAGAGGAAGUGAUGAAAUGUUUGUGGGGACGGGGGGGGUGGGGGUGGGUGUCCGGCAGGGUGCUGCUGGUACAGACGUGUUCUGCCAUCCAGCCCAUGUGUUUGUUGUUAUUUCAGCAAAAUGUAGCCAUUUUCAUGUAAAUACUUUACAAGAAGAUAUUUAUAUCUAAAAAGUAAUUUAUAUUUGAUCUAAAUAUGCUAAAGGUUAUAUUUCAGUAGGUAUAGUUAUUGCUUAAUUUGCUUUCCGUUCUCCCAGCAGUUUUAAAUGUGUAGUUGGUUUGGCACUGCGUUGUGGAUUGGUCUUAAUGCUGUCUUUUAGUGCAUAGGAUUUUACGUACGUUCAGAAAGUGAGGCGUUGCUCCGGGAAUGAAAUGUUUUGCCCAUGGUUCGUUGUAAGAGACAUUUUUAGCUGUUUAAAAAGCCGUGCGUCUUUCAUGCAUGCGAGCCGAAAACGGAAAUAUUAAAAAAAGAAAAAAAAAAGUAAAUAAGUAGAGAAGCAAAGAGCCCGAGUGUGUAGAGCAGGGUGUAGUGGAGCGGAAGCGGUCUCUCCUGCCUGUGAGCCUUAUGGAGGUGGUCCGUCCAUCUCUCCCACAUAAGCAGGCAGCUGCAGCCAUGGGACUCCCAGUUAUGACUUAGUCCAAAUCCAGCACUCCGCCACAGGGCAGCUCCCAUUAGGCCUGCCUGUGAAUUGUUAACCUUAUAGGUUAGGAAAAGGAAAAAAACACACACAGCUUGGUCUGGACACAAGGUGUAGGUUUUACACUUUUAAGAAUGUAAGCAGUCAUGAGGCCAGGGACUGUGAGUUGACAAGGUUUUUGAAUGUAGUGUCCAUCCCUGUCUUACAGGGCAGCAGAUGGAGUUAGACAAGUGGAGUCGGUUCAAAAUGAAUAAAACUAACCAAAAAAAUCUAAAAGUAGGAUACGUGAGUGAGUCUGUGCGGUGCUGCUCCUCUAUAGUGUGAUGGCCUCGCUGCAGCGUAGAUGUGCUCGGGAUCUGUACUGUGGCCUGCAUGUGUCGGCCCUGUGAUUGGCCCGUUCACGUGCUCUGGGACAGUGGUGGUAGUGAACGUCAUUGUUGAUUGGUCUCGUUGCUGUCCUCAGAAAGAGGUGGGGGGGGGGGGAGGGGGGCUGGUGUUACACUUUUAAACAGCCAUUUAUAUAGAUAAGCUUUUGUCUGGUUUUUAAUUGUCAAAGGAGGGGAAGGUGCAAAAAAAAUAAAAUAAAUAAAGGUCCACUUAAUUCGAGCUCGUAGGAAGUGUCAGUGUCACGUCACAGUCUGCUCUCUCUGCUGCUGUGAGCGGUGUGUGUGCGUCUUCCACCCUCCCUAUCCUCCACAUAGCAGCAUUACGCGAGGGGGGGGCAGCGGUGCAGAGGUCCACACAGGGUGUACGGGGCCCCACAUUUAGUUUGGUUUCCUCGUCGUUUCUCCUCGCGCAGUCCCCUUUUUCACGGAAGACUUUGUAUCGAUCUCGGUGCUUCGGUGCGCUCCCCGCCAGCAGGUGUGCAUUAUUUCAGAGCAAGACUGCGGUUUGAGGAAGCAGAGCUGCAGUCCAUUUACAUCAGCGGGGCACAACUUGGGCUUUGACUUUGCUUCCUUUUAUACCUUUGUUUGUCUCUGUAAACUGACUGAAGCCUUAAAACAGUCAGAUGUAUGACCGCGGUAUGAUGACCACCACAUGCUUACAUGCGUAUGAUGUCAUGCGGGUAUGCAUCCUGUACACAGUCUCUCUCACAAACUACACACAUCACACACAUUCCUUUGCUCAUUGUGGCUGUGUCUCUGGUGUGUCCCUCUCUUGCCCACACACACGCAGUCAGGACUGACUCUGUGCCUCUUACAGGCUUAACGUGGUUUUAUGUCUGUUAAACAAGCAAACAGAAGGUGGACAUUUUUGUGCACUUAUUUUUAGAAUUGGGAAAUUUGGACAACAUAGAAUUUAAAAGAAACAUUUAAAAUGAGAAAAACAUUGUGAAAAUGUGGAGCAGUUAUUUAUAUUUGCCAGUGACAUGGAUAGAAUAAAUAAAAAGUUGUUUACCUA